UUGCUUGCAUCCAUUUGCAAACGGGCAGUUACCGGGUGUUUUUGCGGAGUUAAAAAAAAAUAAAUAAUUUUGUCAUUUAUUAAUCAACUAGAAAAGUGAUAUAGUUUAGUUUUUCUCAUUUCUUAAAUAUUGUGAAUUAAAAAUGGCGACUCAACCACACAGCAGAAAACGAGUUUGUUACUACUAUGACAGUGACAUCGGUAAUUAUUAUUAUGGCCAGGGACACCCUAUGAAGCCCCAUAGGAUUCGUAUGACCCAUAAUUUGCUGUUAAAUUACGGACUUUAUCGAAAAAUGGAAAUAUAUAGGCCCCACAAAGCAACAGCCGAAGAAAUGACCAAGUUUCAUUCCGAUGACUACAUAAGAUUUUUAAGGUCAAUAAGACCUGAUAAUAUGUCUGAAUAUAAUAAACAGAUGCAAAGAUUUAAUGUUGGGGAGGACUGUCCUGUAUUCGAUGGUCUCUAUGAAUUUUGUCAGCUUUCUGCUGGUGGUUCAGUAGCUGCUGCAGUAAAGUUGAACAAACAGGCCUCAGAGAUUUGCAUUAACUGGGGUGGGGGCUUACAUCACGCUAAAAAGUCUGAGGCCUCAGGAUUUUGUUAUGUUAAUGACAUCGUGUUGGGUAUACUGGAACUCCUGAAGUAUCAUCAACGUGUCUUGUACAUCGACAUUGAUGUUCAUCAUGGCGAUGGUGUAGAAGAAGCUUUUUACACAACCGACCGAGUCAUGACUGUUUCAUUUCACAAAUACGGCGAAUAUUUUCCCGGCACUGGUGACUUACGUGAUAUUGGUGCGGGCAAAGGGAAGUACUAUGCCGUUAACAUUCCACUCCGAGACGGUAUGGACGACGAGUCGUAUGAAAGUAUCUUUGUUCCAAUCAUAAGUAAGGUUAUGGAGACAUUUCAACCGAGCGCUGUGGUCCUGCAAUGUGGAGCAGAUUCUCUCACGGGAGAUCGUUUAGGGUGUUUCAAUUUAACCGUGAAAGGACAUGGCAAAUGUGUAGAAUUCGUAAAAAAAUACAACCUACCUUUCAUGAUGGUCGGAGGUGGAGGUUACACCAUUAGGAACGUGUCCAGGGCGUGGACUUACGAAACCUCCGUAGCACUGGGCGUCGAAAUAGCCAAUGAACUACCUUAUAACGACUACUUUGAGUAUUUCGGACCCGAUUUUAAACUGCAUAUCAGCCCGAGCAAUAUGGCCAACCAGAACACGCCGGAGUAUCUAGAAAAAAUCAAGACCAGGCUAUUCGAGAACCUGAGGAUGUUACCACAUGCUCCAGGGGUCCAAGUCCAAGCUAUUCCGGAAGAUGCAAUCAAUGAAGAGUCUGACAAUGAAGAUAAAGUAGACAAGGACGAGAGACUACCUCAGAAGGACAUCGAUAAGAGAAUCGUACCGGAAAAUGAAUUUUCUGACAGUGAGGAUGAGGGUGAGGGCGGUAGGAGAGACAAUCGAAGUUACAAGGGUAGGAAACGUCCUCGACUCGACAAAGGCGGCGAUAACAAAGAUGCUAGCGAUGAAAAGUUGAAGGACGAUGUUAAAUCCGAGAAAGCGUCUGUGGAACAGGAGAGUAGAUGAAAAUUUCAGGCAAAACUCGUAACAUAGGUGAUGACAUAAUAUCAAGUCCAGAGGACACAAAGAAAGACACAAGUUCUACUCCGCCAUGAUUAUAUCAUAUAAUUAAAAAAAUGAUACGUAUUAAGAGUAAAUUCACAUACAAGGAUAGUAAUUUAAUUUUUUUACCUCUUAAUGUAAGAAAUUGCACCACAUUCAAUAGUAAGUGGUCUAGUGCUACGAGAAUAACAUUUUAUACUUGUCUUUCUUAAAAAAGUCAAUAUUUUAAUAACUAAAUGUGUUAUCUGUACUGUGUACAAGAUGUAUUUUAGUUUCAUAUAUUUUUUUGUAGGUAUAAUUUUUUCGAUACGCUGUUACAUUACACUAGUGCAAAAUUACUUUUAGUUUGAUGUGUCUGAAAUUUGUAGGCGCGUGAGUGGAUAUUAUGUGUGAAAUGUUUGUUGAUAGAUGGAUUGCAUGUGCGUUGUACAUAAUUUUUUCUGUUUUUCGACUGCAUUUAGUUUGAUGUUUCGAACUAUUGACUGGUAUCGUGAAAUAGUUUCAUUAGUGAUUUAUUAUAUUUUAAAGAUUUGUAAUUUCUUUUUCAACAUUGUAGUAGUUGUAUUAAAAUAAAUUAUAUGUAAAAUUA